AGCCCAGCCCAGCCCAGCCGGAGCCGACGUACAGCACCUCAUGCAGCGCCUUAUGCAGCCCGUCGCGCUCCUCCUGCUCUGCCCGCUGGCCGCGGCCCUGUCAGGUGCAGGGCGCUUCUGGCACAUUACCGACCUCCACUGGGACCCCGACUACGAGGCGGCGGCGGCCGCCGGGCAGGCGUGCCCCUCGGGCAGUUCCCGCGUCGACCCCGCCGCCGGGCCCUGGGGUAGCUACCUCUGCGACGCGCCCUGGCGCCUGCUCGCCUCCGCUGCCAGCGCCAUGAGGAACCGCCUGCCGCGGCCGGACUUCGUCCUCUGGACCGGAGAUGAUACUCCUCACGUCCCCAAUGAGAAGCUUGGAGAAGAGAAAGUUCUGCACAUAAUAGAAAAUCUGACUUCUCUGAUCAAAAAGACAUUUCCAGAUACUAAAGUCUACGCAGCUAUGGGCAAUCAUGACUUCCACCCCAAGAACCAGUUUCCAGGGAAGGAACACAAGAUCUACAACCGAACAGCUGAACUGUGGCGUCCUUGGCUGAAUGAUGCUUCUGUUGCCCUUUUCAGAGCAGGAGCUUUCUACAGUGAGAAGCUGCCCAGCCCAACGACAAAGGGGCGAAUGGUUGUCCUCAAUACCAAUCUGUACUAUGACCAGAAUGACGAGACAGCUGGUGAGGAAGAUCCUGGAGGGCAGUUCCAGUGGCUGGAAGAAACACUGACCAAUGCCUCUAGAGCAGAUGAAAUGGUCUACAUCGUGGGGCACAUCCCUCCUGGCUUCUUCGAGAAGAAACGAGGCAAGCCCUGGUUCCGGAGCAGCUUUAAUGAACGAUACUUGAAAAUUGUGGAGAAGCACCACAAAGUGAUUGCUGCCCAGUUUUUUGGGCACCAUCACACGGACAGCUUUCGAAUGUUUUACAGUGAUACAGGUUCUCCAAUCAAUGUUAUGUUCUUGGCUCCUGGAGUGACUCCCUGGAAAACAACAUUACCUGGAGUGAACAAUGGAGCCAACAACCCUGGGAUCCGGGUGAUCGACUAUGAUCCAGACACCCUUCAAGUGUUGGAUAUGGUGACUUACUACUUGAACCUAACUCAGGCCAACAUGAUGGCCCCGACAUGGGAGGAAGAGUUCCCAACAUGGGAGGAAGAAUAUAGGCUGACAGAAGCCUUCCAAGUCCCGGAUGGCUCUGUGGGCUCCAUGCAAACGGUGCUGGAGAGGAUAUCAAAGGAUCCACACUAUCUGCAGAAGUACUACGAGUUUAACUCUGUCAGAUAUGACCUCACCCCGUGCGAGGAGGCCUGCUGCAUUGAUCAUGUUUGUGCCAUCAGGGAAGUUGAUUUUACAAAAUACGAUGAGUGUGUUAAAACCAGCAGCUCUGCCUCUGCCGUCAUCAGGGUUUGGCUUUUAUUAUUCUCCUUGCUCUUAGGACUUCUGAGUCCCCAGCAAGUGCUGUAA